AUGGUCGCCGCCCUCCAGACAAGUCGCCUCGCCCGCGCCAGCGUCCAGCGUCGAGCGCUCACGAGCCUCGUGAACAAGAAGAACCUCGUGCCGGAAGACCAGCACCUGUUCACGACGUCGAAGGCCCCAACGUACGUCAAGCGCCCGUCCGACCGUCUCCUGCUCACGGGUAUGUUUCUCGGCAUGGGUCUGGGCUUUGCUCAGAGCAUUCGCGGGGAGAUUUCGAUGGCCACGGGCACUGGCAAGAAAGAGUGA